AGAAACAUAAAAAACUGUUUUUGAGUUGUGAGAUUGAGAGAGGAAGAAGACCACCUUUCCAACCAGGGUUGACCUCUUAUUAUGGCGGAAGAAGAAGACCUGAGAAAGAUAAACCUUUCCAAUUAUGGAGCACAACCCACCAAAGCAGUAACGAAAGAGAAGCCCAAAGUGGUGGUAAUAAUGGGUCCAACAGGUUCAGGAAAAUCAAAAUUGGCCAUUGAUUUGGGCUCUCAAUUUCCCGUUGAGGUCAUCAAUGCUGAUUCUAUGCAGGUCUACAAAGGCUUGGAUGUUCUAACCAACAAAGUCCCACUCCAUGAACAAAAGGGGGUGCCUCAUCAUCUUCUUGGGACAGUGAACCCAAAUGUUGAAUUCACAGCUAAAGAGUUUAGAGAUUGUGCUGUUCCUCUUAUUGAUGAUAUCUUGUCUCGUAACUGCUUGCCAGUCAUAGUUGGGGGUACACAUUACUACAUACAGGCCCUUAUAAGUCCAUUCCUUCUAGACGAAACAACAGAAGAUAUGGAUGACAAUUGCUUAUAUACUUCUCUAGGAGAUGAAGAUAUACAACCAUUGUCUAAGUUGGAUUGUGAAGGAAUAACUGAUAGCUAUGACCAUCUCAAAAGCAUUGAUCCGGUAGCAGCAAACAGAAUCCAUCCUAACAAUCAUAGAAAAAUUAGUCAGUACCUUAGCUUACAUGCUCGUUUUGGCAUUCUCCCUAGUGAACUUCUUCAGGGGAAGGCUGCUGAGAACUGGGGUCGAGUCGAUAAUUUCAGAUACAAUUGUUGUUUCAUAUGUAUGGAUGCAUCACUUCCUGUGCUGGAUCAAUAUGUGGAUCAAAGAGUAGACUGCAUGGUAGAUGCUGGAUUGCUCGACGAAGUCUAUGACAUUUUCAAUCUGAAUGCAGAUUAUACUCGAGGCUUGCUGCAAGCUAUUGGUGUUCGGGAAUUUGAGACUUUCUUAAGAGAGAAUGUUGUAGAAGCCAGAUUCGAUAAUGAAAGCUAUUCAACUGACAUCUCUGUCUCAUUGAAGUCGGUGGACACGGGUGAUAAAAUCUUGAAAGAGAAUAUGAGGGCAAUACUGAACUCCUGUGAUGAUGAUAGUAAGCCAAGCAUUAUAUUAAAAGAAGCCAUUGACAAAGUAAAACUUAACACUCGAAGACUCAUUCGUCGUCAGAGACGAAUGAUUGUUCGGCUGCAGAAAUUGUUUGGAUGGGACAUACAUGUCCUUGAUGCAACAGACUCUAUUCUAAGUAAAUCAGAUGAUAUAUGGGCAGAACAGGUAGUUGAGCCCGCCGUGAAAAUUGUUAGAUCUUUCCUUAGCCAGGAAGGUACUUCGGUCCCGGGUGAGGAGUGUCCAAACGGGGUUGGAACAAGAAUACUCGAAAGGGAACUGUGGACUCAGUAUGUAUGCAAGGCUUGUGGAGAUAAAGUCCUUAGAGGAGCACAUGAGUGGGAACAACACAUACAGGGACGUAGUCAUCGAAAACGAAAGUCAAAACUGCGAAAAUCGCAAGUUCAUUUUGUUGCGGAAAAGCAACAUCAAGCUAGCCAGAUUGGAGAUGAAUUUUCAGUGUCUGACUCUGAUUAUUUCCUAACAAGAGAAUAGUUAUAGCUUUUGAUUUAGAAGAUUUAUGGUUUCUAUGGAUGGUUGCUCAAGUGAAGUGUGAUAUACAUUAUCUCAAAAAAAUAAAAUAAAAAAUCAUUAUUUUGUACAC